CCUGCUCAGUGAAGAUUACGUGUAGUACAGUAGUAAAUACAAUUUCGAUUUUCUCCAAGAGAAACACAGUACCUACAUGAACAUAUGAGGUAAUUCGUCAUGAGAUAAAAAUGAUUCCCUUUGGCUGCGGCCAGGAAUGGCCGCAAGGUCGAGGCGGAAUGGCCACGACAGUCUUCAUUGGCCGAAGUGGAGGACCCCGCAGUACCUUUCGGAUACGGCGAGACGGUAAAAUUCAGACAACGAGGAUGCUCAGAACACGUUGCAUCAGCUUAUUGCUCUCCAGUGUUGCAGUUGAGGCGGCUCAUAUCCUAAAGCAACCGGUGGGGUCAACCACAGGGGGCGCCGGAAGGACGAACGCGGAUGCGACAACCAAGAGUGCCACAACGGAUGGAAAUGUAGCAGGAUCAUCGUCAGAUACAGAUGGAGGAGGAAUUUCGAUUUCGACAACAGCGAGUGCUAACAUCGCGCAGCAAAUAGCCGCUGCAAUUUCAGGUAGCUCAACUAGUACAAAGUCAGCGAACAGUGAUGAUCAUGAUGCAAGCACCAGCACGACAUCUUCAGCAGGCGCCAAUAGUGCGCAGCGAAUAGCAGCAGCCGCUUCCGGCAGCUCGAGCAGCAGGCCUGCAACUGCUAACAAAAGCACAACCGCAGCAGCUAAUAGUGCGCAACAAAUUGCCGGAACGAUUUCGGGUAGAACAACCACAAAGGCGAGAACAACUACGGCUUCUGAUUCAGAUAAUGAAAGCACAACCACAGCGUCAGCAGGUACUGAUAGUGCACAAAUGAAAGUAGCAGGCGCUUUAUCGGGUAGCUCGAUUACAAAGGCAGGGUCGCCUGGAAGAGCAAGCACAACUACAGCGGAUAGCGACUCUGGAGAUUCACGUGACUCAACCACAAAACCUGCGACAACAGCUGGCGACAACAAUGCAAGGACGACAACAGCUGGUUCUAAUAUUGCGCAGCAAGUAGCGGCCGCUCUAUCGGGUAGCUCGACUACAAAAUCAGCAGGCAGGACUGCGAGCACGACCGCAGCAGAUGAUAGUGAUUCUGACGGUACGUCAUCGGACGGCUCAACCACAAAGGCUGCAACUGGCAAUAGGGCAGGCACAACAACAGCUGGUUCUAAUAUUGCGCAGCAAGUAGCGGCCGCUCUCUCGGGUAGCUCGACUACAAAAUCAGCCAGUACCAGCAACGGAAGUACGGCCGCACCGGAUAGCGGUUCUUCUGCAGAGUCGGGUGGUACCAGCAACGGAAGUACGGCCGCACCGGAUAGCGGUUCUUCUCCAGGUGAUAGUAACUCUUCUACCUCCCGGUCGGCGACUGCUGGUGCUUCUAGGGUAAGCACAACUCCGGGAACCAAUAGUACAGGAUCAGGUGGCUCACCUAUUCAGCAGAUCGCCAACACUACAAGGUCACAAACAACAGCGACUACAGCUGCCCGUGAAGACUCGGCAACGGUGCUGCCAGAUUCGAUAGACGACAAUUAUGCUUGAUAUUUUGAGCCACAUCCACAUCCAGAUCCAGAUUCAGAUUCUGUUGUUCUAGGGUUGUUAUCGCUCUAGAACGAGAUUUUUACCAAGAAAUCAAAAGUUUCCUCCAUAGUUUUUUCCAACAUUCCAGAGAAGUUGUAGUGGAGAUAGUUUUUUUCUAACUCUAAGAUUCCAACAGUACUGUUGUCCCGGCUUCAGAAACCACCACAACAGCACGUAGCAAUAGCACAGCAAGCGGCUCUCGCAUCCAAGAUAUCGCAAGAGAAGCAGCUUCUCAUACUACAACCACUACAGCGGCACCGAAUCGAGGCGGCGGUAAUAGUAUUAAGGCUUCCCCUAAUGAUCCUGAUCCAUCUCCAAAAAGAUUAAGUAUAAGAUGGAUCAUUACCAUUAGGGUGAGCACUUCCAAAAAGAUUAAGUGAGCUCUAAUAGUACAAGUGGCGGCUCUGGCUCUGCUGUGCAGCAGAUAGCCAAUCAGGUACGUUCUCAAAUGACGACUCCGACACCAGCAGGACCUGACACAGACGAUGAUGACUCGGAUGCCACGAGUGUGAUCCCUGCAGUGGUGGCUUCUACUUAUGGUCAGUGAUGCUCAGACUUGACAAAAAACAAGAAGAUCCUUAUGUCAUACUUUAUAUGAUCUAUGCAGUUCAGCACCUUACGCAGCUAUUCUACAAGAACUACUGUUCGUACUCAGUAACAGUAUCAGUAUGAAUGCUCGUGGUGCUUACGCAGAAGUUCUUCCACCUAGUAAUGUUGUAGUUGUUUGUACAGGAUGUUGAAUGAAUGAUCAACAUGAAUUUUUUUUUUGAUUUUGUCCUUUUCUAACGCUACACUUUCAACACGACAACUACAGAUGCUGGUCCUCGCACUAUACAAACGACGGACGACAACAGUGACAAGAACAUGAACUCUACGGACACCAUCACAACUACCUUAUCAAGUGUGCAGCAGAUAGCAGCACAACAAAGGGCCGCUGCGACGACUACUGUGGCGCCAAAUACGACAGCUGGAUCUACGAUUCACGAAAUUGCAGCCGCUGCUGCUAGAAGUGCUCAAACUGCUUUUCCUUAUGAUUUGGGAUUUUGAGUUUGAGAAAUAUAGAUAGAUAAAAAACGCGGCAAGAGAAAUGGAUUGGUGCUACAGAGACUGCGUCCCACAGCCCUUAGUAAAUAUUCAGCACUCAUUUACGUUUGCAGUUUUCAAAUAGUAGAGUUCAGCACGUAGAAGAAGUAGCAUCUACUUGAGUCCGCUAUGGCCUACGCUUGUUCUAAUCUCCCCUCGGACGUGAUUUCGAUGCUGGAAAUGGGACCUUCGACGGCACCUUUGACACCAAUUUUAACGCAACAUCUGGGACUGACACUACUACAGUGAAUUCGAUCCAGCGAAUUGCAGCGCAGGCAUCGCAGCAAACGACAAGUACUACUGUUAAGGAUUGCCCCGAUUCAUCUUCAGAAGCAUCUCUGGCUCCUUUCUUACGGGUGAAACUCCUCAAAGAUGGUCAGAUCUGCGAGAUGACUUUGGGCAAGCUCCAACAGUGAGACCGCGACAAGAACUUCUACCACCAGUGAGACGGUCACAACAACCAGGACUGAAAGCACAACAUCGACAACUACUAGUACAACUACUAUAACUUCUACAACUACUAGUACAACUACUACAACUUCUAGUUCUACAACUUCGACCACCACUACCAUCACUACGACACCGAGUGCUGACGAUUCGGAUAUCUCGGUUAUUUAAGGCUCCUUCCAAUACUAUUGGUCCAUUUUGUUCUGAGAAGUCUAAGUGGUCUCAGUCUUGUUUCAAGAGACGUUUUGUUUCAAGAAGGAAAAUAUGAUCUAACGCUAACCAAGGAUCAUGUUGGUCUUCUUUGACAACAUGGCCUUCUUUGACAUGAGCGGUCGCUCUAAGUUAUGCGAGCAAUGAGCUUGCAGUUGCGAGUACCGACAACGGUAGCGGCUUCCCCAGACCGAAUCUUAUUGCGACCAAAGUUCAGAUCGGCCGUGAAGCAAACGUUCGGAUGUAUGGUGAACUUGCCGGAAAACUACGUGGUAGACGUGGAUUUGGGCCCUGCACCUUCAAAUACAACUAGUGGAAUGGCAAGCGAUCAAUUGUUAAGGCAAGAACUUCUUCUAACCAUUUUUUUCCAAUUCAACAUACUAGAACUUCUUGUUCUUGUUGAUCACCAUACUAGAACCAACGAACUACGCAAACUGUAUAACAUAUUAUAGAUAUCAUCAAGGAAUACGAAGAGUUACAUCAUGGUACAACUAUCGACAACAUGAACAACAUAAGUAAAAUCCGAAUCCGAUCAUUUUGUAGCAGCUUAAAAUCUACUCUGAUCUCCUAUACCAACCGCAGCCUGCCUGUCUAACAUCAGCCUUACAGGCAACCGCUACGAUUGGAGUCCCCAACAGCUCUGUUGAGCGGGUGAAUCAGGCAUGGCCGCGAAAUGGUGAUCCAGGAGGAGAAGUGCUCAGGUCCAUUCUGACCCAGAAGCUCAACGCGAACGAUUUAAAUGCAACUGUUGUGCUCUCAGCAGACGUCUACAUCUUACCAACGACUACGUUCACUCCGACAACAACGACUGUUGUAGCGCCAGUUGCAACGUUUGCGCCAGUUGCAACUACAGCUGAGCCAGUGGAGGCACGGGAGACAACCUCGGUCCCUGAAGAUGAUCCCCACCCCUCAACCGAAGAGCCCUCACUUAAGGCUUGGGAGUUGACAUCUCUAUGCGCGUCUCUAUGUCUUCUUCAAGUAGGAAAGCCACAGAUAUGCGAGCUAGAGAUGCCAACUUUCAACCCCUAACUCCCGACGUAGCUUCGAAUUUAGUGCCUCCUCUUCAUAUGAAAGAAAAAAGUGCACUCACACUCAAAAAAGUGGCUAUUUUCCUAUUUAAAUCCUAGCCAAUUUCUUGAGUGUGAGUGCACUUUUUCGCUUCAUACUUCAGACGAAAAUUUUACACCACUUGGUGAUGUCGGAGACGUGUCGGAUUCUUCCUCAACCGACCCGCCACCAGCCUCCACUAACGAGACGAAUACUGUGGUGAGCACCGGUGCGGACCUUACGCUGGCGAUCGGGGCUAAUCAAAGUUUAAGGCUUGUUGACUGCGUAUUUCAUCGUCUGUUCUUCGAGCAUGAAAGAAUGCAUCUCUGACAACCACAAGAACUCUGGCAUUUUUUACAAGGGGAAAAGAAAACACGCCAACAAUAAAGGUGUUGACUAGAAUUAGAAUGAAGAUGACUUUAAAAAGAUCAUGAAAGAAUGAUUAUUUAUUGGGCCGCAUCAAGCACGACAAGCUCUAAAAAUGAUAGCUGAUUUGAUCCAGUCCCCAGGCUUCGUCGAUGCUCUCCAAGAUGGCCUCGCAGCAUCGAUGAACGUAUCUUCCGACAGUGUUGUAGACUUGGACUUAGAAAUAGUCGAUGCGGAUUCAACAGACGAUAGUGGUUCGGGUGGCAGUGUUAGCAUUAGGGUUAAGUAGCUUCCAUCCAUCUUUCUCGGCAUCUUGAUCCCCUUUUGCCUUCUUGUAUGACUCUCAUGAAAAACAAGGGGAAAGGGGUCGAGAUGAGGGGACCGAGAUGCUGGAUUGAAGCCGAGUCUAAUAGUACUGAUCCAGCAAUCACACAAAAUUUUGGUGUCACUGCUGAACCAACUACGUUUAUGGGCUACACUUACCACAUUGCAUUCUCCACUACCAUCGUCCCCGACUUGUUUUCAAGUUGGAAAAGGGUCAGGGAUGGGCUGAAGGAUGCAAAAAUGUCGCAGCCUCUAAUACGUCUGCAGCGUUAUCCUUUGCCGGCACUGGUGCAGGAGUGGACUUUAGCACAACUACUGGCAGUUUAAGGCUACGUUUUUCACUAUCUUCAUCUUCCCAUGUGGAAUGAUAUACUGAGUUGUUGAGUAUUAGUAUCGUGUGACUUCUUAAACAACAGGAAACAAAAUACGGGGAAACAGUACUUAAAAGGGGAACUUACCUACUCAAUGUCAACCAGGAAGUAGAGGAACCUUCAAUACUAGUGAAAAGCUGCAGCGCCAGCGCUAAGUAGUGCAGGAGGAUUUCCAGCAGCAGGUGGACCAGGUACUAGUGGUAGUGGAGGACCUCUCGACCUAUUCAGUUCCAGCACCUCUUCAGCUUUGAUGCUGGUAGAACAGUUGAAAUCUUUGCUGCCUGCGGCUGUCAGAGAAAAGAAGAUUGCGGAGCUGAGUCUGCUAGCUUCUAGAGCGAAAAUGACUGCUAGAGGAGCAGCUUCGAGGUCGAGGAGAGGACAACAGAGUCUAAAAGAUCAGGAGGAGUGGUCUAAAAGAUUAUCAACGGAAAGGAGAACAAAGAGAGUAACUCUUGGCAGACGUGUCAGACCUCAUAAUGCGAUUUCUCCAGGAGCGUUCACGUUCUCGUUCCUGCAGGAGCAUAGCACCGAAGAAAGCAGAGGCAAGAGGAAGCAAGAACAUCUUCAGAGUAAGAAAACGACCAGUAGUACGAAGAAGCAGUCACUACAGUCUCUGUCAGCACUAGAGUCUCAGUCACAGUCACAGCUUGCGCAGUCACAGCUUGCGCAGUCACAGCUUGCGCAGUCACAGCUUGCGCAGUCACGGCUUGCACAGUCACAACACUCACAGGCUUUGUCGACUUCAACGCGUUCCGGCGCACGUUUAG